AACGAAAAACCAAGCUGCUCUUUCAUUACAGCCUCCCAGGCACCCACAGGUAGCUCUGCAAAUACCGCGAGCUUAGCAGCAAAAUUAAGAAUAUAUACUAUUUCAUUAGGAAAAUGGACAAAGCACAGCUUGUGUUCGUCUCCUUCCCUGUUAUGGGCCACCUUGUAUCUGCUGUGGAGGUAGCAAAGCUUCUUCUUACCCGCGAUCACCGCCUCUCCAUCACAGUCCUCAUACUUGAGCUUCCUCUCGUGAAGUCCAAGAUUCAGAACUACAUUGAAUCAGUGCAAGAUUCCUCCUCCACUUUAUCUCAUCGUCUUCGAUUUAUUGACUUGCCAAAUGAUGAGUCUGAAUUAUCCAAUUUCUCUUCUUUCUUUGAGAGACAGAAACCCAAUGUCAAAGAAGCUGUGUUGAAGAUCACUCAGUCUGAGUCUAGCGUCGACUCGCCUCGACUUGCAGGUUUUGUUCUCGAUAUGUUCUGCACGCCGAUGAUAGAUGUGGCUAAUGAUUUUGGUGUUCCGUCUUACAUUUUCUUUCCGUCAGGAGCAGCUUUUCUUGGUUUCAUGCUUUAUGUGCAGAAGAUUCAUGAUGAAGAGAAAUUUGACCCCAUUCAGUUCAAGGAAAAGGAUACUGAGUUGUUAGUGACAUGUUUGGCAAACCCAUUUCCUGCUAGGGUUAUGCCUUUUGGAUUGUUAAACAAAGAGCGGCUUCCUCAUUUGCUUGACUCUGCAAGAAGGUUUAGAGAAGUUAAGGGUAUUAUGGUAAAUACAUUUUUGGAGUUGGAAUCCCAUGCAAUAGAAUCUUUUAAAACGCUUCCCGUGUACCCUGUGGGACCCAUUUUGAAUGUGGAGUCGAAUGGAAGAAACACGCACCAGGAAAUCAUGCAAUGGCUUGAUGGUCAGCCUGUUGCAUCGGUAGUGUUUUUAUGCUUUGGGAGCAUGGGAAGUUUUGGCAAGGAUCAAUUGAAAGAGAUUGCAUGUGCGUUGGAGCACAGUGGAUAUCGAUUCUUGUGGUCCGUACGCCGACCACCACCUCCGGGUAAACUAGCAUCUCCUAGUGACUAUGAGAAUCCGCAAGAGGUAUUGCCGGAAGGAUUUUUGGAACGAACUGCUGCGAUUGGAAAGGUAAUAGGAUGGGCUCCACAAGCUGCUAUCUUAGCUCAUCCAGCCGUAGGAGGAUUUGUAUCACACUGUGGGUGGAAUUCUGUUCUGGAGAGCCUAUGGUUUGGUGUUCCAAUUGCCACGUGGCCAAUGUAUGCUGAGCAACAAUUUAAUGCCUUUGAAAUGGUGAUUGAGUUGGGAUUGGCAGUGGAAAUUAAAAUGGAAUAUAGUGAGGAAAGUGGAAUGAUGGUGAAUUGUGAUGAAAUAGAGAGAGGAAUAAGGUGUUUGAUGGAGAAUGAUAGUGAGAAAAGGAAGAAGGUGAAGGAAAUGAGUGAGAAGAGUAGAAUGGCCUUAAUAGAAGGUGGAUCUUCAUAUUAUUGGUUAGGUCGUCUCAUUGAAGAUGUGAUGGAUAAUUUAGCAUAAAAUAUAGGUGAUACUUACAAUUAGUAGUGUGCAUCAAUUUAUACAUAAUUUAAAUAAUUUAUUUUCUGAAUGUAUGUCAUAAACUUUCUUUGUUUU